UCAUUAUAGCUAUGAGAGAGGCUGCGCGAGCGCAUAUCAAAUAACCGCAAAGCUCCGACGGAGUGUUUUGACGAUCUAUAAUUUAAAAAGAAAACAGUGAAAGAAGUAGAUCAGUGACGUAAUCCACGUGUUAGUUUUUCUUGCGAUAAUGUGGGUGCAAUAUUUACUAGUUUCGAUAAGCGCCAUUUCCAUAGCGGCAAUAAAUAUUCCAUUACAAACAUUACAAAAUGCACAUACAAUAACGAAGACAUUACCAACAUUCCCUGAGCAGUCUCUACCGAUUUACUAUGAAUCAGAUGAGACCAGUGGCGAGAGUUACCUGGUUCCGCAAGAACCUCAUACACCCGAGGAAGUUAUCCGGGGAAUAGUUCCUACUCCUGCUACAUAUUUACUGCCACCGUCACCGGACAAACAAAACGAGUAUUUUGUAAAACCUACAGAACCUGGAGAGCAAACCGAAUGGUAUCCCAUAGCUGAAUCCCCGGCAAUUCAACAGGAGAUAAUUCAGCAAGAGGUACGAUUAGAUCCAAGUGACGCGAACAGUAAUUUGAGAACAGGAAAAGUACUACGUAGGGGUCAAGUUAUUACGGUACCAUCAAGAAAUCUGUUACCCCCAAUGGAAAAUGCUCACAAUGAUUUUGUGGUCUUGUCUCCUUCAGCUGAAUUAGAAUUGCCAUCAGAAGAAAUAGAUCACACUUUGAACCAAAACGCUAAUAUAGAACUCCCUAUUCUUAGACUUCCAUCAGAGAAACCAUAUCCGGUACAUUUUAGAGUGAAUCCACAAUCUCCUGUUCCAUAUAUUAAGCCACCAGGAAAUGUACCCCAAGAAUUCAAGUUUCCGACGAGGUUGUACCCGAAAAAGUACGUCAAUGAAUUCAAGCCAAUACCUAUACCGGUGUCUCAGUAUGUAGAGGAUUCUGAAAAUGAUUUACCAACUGCUAAAACUGAACCACAGGACACGCCUCUUCAAUCGGAAUCUUCGACGCAUUUGAAAGGAAAGAAGAAUUUGUACGAAAAAUCCCAGAGGAAGCGUAAGCCACAAGAAAAUACUGCGAAGCCGCUAGCUGCAAACGGUGCCACCUAUGACGAAGUGAGUCCUGCAGAACAAGAUACUUCUGAAUCCAUCCACCGACACCCUGGAAAUCAAAUACAUUCUAACCCCUCAAGAAAAGAAUCUUUUAAGUAUAAGCCUGAACACAAAUCUAAAGGAGAGCGUACAGAGUUUCGGAUGCAUGGAAUGAAAGGUCCCAACAGUUAUCAGUUCGGCUACGAUACUGGAAAAGGUAAAAAUCGUCAGUUCCGGUACGAAGAAAGAGACAACGACGGUCAUGUAAGGGGACAUUAUGGAUACGUGGACAAGUUCGGAAAACUGCGUGUGGUCAACUAUGAUGCGGACCCUGAACAUGGGUUCCGGGCUGAAGCACCUGUGGUGAAAGAAUGAAACAAAAGUAUUCUACACAUCGCACCUUAAAUCAUAAUUAUUUAUUUUCUGAUCGAAUUUUAUUUCAGCCUGCAGACGUCUACAGCUUCACAUAGGCCUUUCGAAAUGCGCCAUCAUACCCGGUCGUCAGUUUUCUUCAUCCACCCAGCUUUCGCCAUUCACUUUUAUUUCGUCGGUCCAACGUGCGUCCUACACUACGCUUGCUUGUUUAAAGUCUCCACUAUUAGUGGUCCUUAAACAAGCAUGGCUGACCCAUUGCCAUUUCAACAUGCUCAUGGCUUUGGCCGUGUCAGUGACUUUGGUUCUCCCGCAGAUCUCUUUGUUUCUGGAAACUCCUAACAUAGAUCGUUGGGAUUUGGAUGACAUACAAGUCUGCGAUAGGUCUAACAAUACAAUAGAUCCGUUUGGUGUGUUGGUUUGGUUUCAAUCGCUUAUCGUUAUCACAGAACGAUUCUUAAUAUUUUUUUAGCAUUAUAUUUUCUGGUAUAGUACCUACCUAACUAA